AUGACAGCCCUCCCAGCGUCCGGCCCGCACGUCGCGCACAGGCCGGGGCACCUGCCGGGCCGAGCCGACGGCCCGGUCGACGUUAAGGCCAUGCGGCAGUCUCUUUCCCCAACGGGUGUUCCUCUCUCGGCCUUGCUCCGCCCCUGUCCGCCGACCGCGGCGCCAUCCCAUCGACAGCCCCCGAGCGCCGAUGGGUCUGCAGUCCUCCUCUGCGCAUAUCCUCAAAGCAGUCUUCCGCCGCCCGUCACGAUCCGGCCAUCCGAGGCCUGUCCGUCUGCCUCCCACAUAACGGCCGCCCAGAAGCCCGAUGUGUGUGGCCUGUGCACCCAGCCCCGGCUCGUGAGGAAGCGCUUCACGCCGGGCCCGCCCUCGCUCCCGCCUCUGGGCCGAGCAGAUGCAGGCCUGACCGCGCUCCUUGAUGGUGGAGAGCGCCCGACGAGAGAGCCCCGGCCUGGACAGGUGGCCAAUGGGCACGGACGGACACAGUGCGAUGGUCAUCGAGCCUUCCGAAGGCUCUGCGAGAACGCGGGCACUUUUGACCAUCCAUGA